UUUCAAAUGUUCAUCAAUCAAUUUAAGCAUGAUGUGUGUAUACAAGACAUAAAAUGCAAGAUUAAGAAGUUAAGUUAAGGUGUUGAGACAGAAAUUUCUGGAAAACAUUAUGAGUAUAGUGUAUUCUACUAAAUUGCUUUAGUAAACAUAUCUUAUUAUCAGCUAUUACGUUUCUUUUAAAAUUAUUCUUUACCAAGGAACAAUACAAACAUAUAAGUUCGUAACGGUAACAGUUAAUAUAUUAAUCAUUAAUUGUUUUCGGUCGAGAAAUAGGGUUUUACUUAGACUAAAGUAGAAUGUUUUGUAUUCUAUUUAGCAGUUAAUUAGUAAUAGUUAUACAUUGUGCAAAUAAAAUAUCACCAGUGUUUGAAUUGAAUAUAGCAUCUUAUCUUUGUUGAUAUUGAUAGAGGAUACAAAUUGCGAUUUAUUCGUGGGUAGAUCACUGAUAGCCCAAAUUAAGUACGGUUUUGAGUUGUUAGCUGACGAUAAUGAAAUAAAACUUUAACUGUAAACUUUAUAUGUUUGAAUCUAUCAAUACAGCACAAUGUGAAUAACUACUUACAAUAAAUUUAGCAUUUAAUGCAAGUACCACAUAAUAAUUCAUUUUAGUAGACGUUCACAACUUUAAAUUGAAAUGUAUUAGAUCUUCGUUUAUUAACACAACAUUCUAACCAGAUAGACGAUGCGGACAUGACACGAGACAAAAGGCCCCGUAACUGUUAGAUACAACUUUCUAUCUGUAUUGCCCUCUGCAUCAGGGGUUGCCUUGAAAACUGAACUCUUAGACUGAAUCGGAUGUACUAGCUUUGUUUGAUACUACAAUGCUAAGGCAGUUCGGCUCGAACAUCUAUUAACAAUAACAUAUUGCAAAAUUACGCCCGUCUUCUCUACAUUUGACCUAGUAUAAGCAACACACAUUAUUCAAAACAUAUUAUGAAAUCGUAUCCUUGUUUCACGUGUUGCGAAAUACUUAUUUGUGAACAAGAAACUGAGCUCUGACUUAUUUGUUUUAUCUGCUGAUUGGCCUGACGUAUUGAUAUCGGUUGGUAUUUUUAAAGUACUGUCUGGCAUGUUUUGACUGUUUUUAUUUAUUGAUUAAGUUUCAGUCAGAGUUUCUCUAUGACUUUUACCCAUAUUGACAGUUUAAUGUGUGCCUUUAUCAAGUGGCUCAUUGAACACACUCAUAUAUAUUCCAAACUGGUUUGGAAGUCUUUGUGUGACAACUUCCGCAAAAGAUGUAAAACUAAUCGUAAUGCAAUAAAAUGAAAUAACGUUUUAUCUUUAAUGAGUUAAUCACUACAAAUUAUCUUCAUAGAAUUUUAUUGUAAAUUGUAUCGAUAUCACUUUUGCGUAUCUAACAUUAAAAAAGACACAUCGCAUUGAGUUUUAUUAAUAUUUGUGUUGUUGUUUUACUUGACUUGUUUUUGUUUUUGUAUAUUUAUAUUUAGUGCACGUUUUGACAUGACCUUUGAUCGGUGACAUUUCCAUAGGAAGGUGUGUCUAAAAAGUAGUCCCUUUUUUACAUAACGUCAUCAGCAUAAACACAUUCAUUCUUAAUAUUUGCAAAAUAUGUUUUUGGCUGUUGUUGAUGCUUUCCGGUGUUUAAAUGUCAGACAUCGUGGUAUUUAAUUGUUUGUUUUGAUGAAUCUGAUUCCUUGUUUUCACAAUAAGAUAUAACUUAUUUGUUAAAUCUAAGUAAUAUGACCUUCCUCCACAUAUCGACCGAUAUAUGACCUUCAUGUUGAACAUGAUAACAAAAUGUAUAGUGCAUCGUUAUAUCAGGCAGAUAUCAAUGUAGUGGUAUGAUAAAUUAGUGGUAUGAUAAAUCAUGGUUCUUCCUUUAAUGGACUGUAACGAAUAUAUUUUGCAACACAAUGAUUAUUGAUAUUUAAAAGAGUUUAACAACGGCAGUGUGCACUGGAUACGUACAAAAACACGCCCACAGUACUACUAUGUCCGAGAAAACUACAUAUCGCAAUCAAAAUGUCGUCUGACCUAUCAAGACCAAUUAAGCCAACUGGUCGUGGGAAAAUCAACAACGAUCAGCCUCCAUUGACAGAAAAGCCUGGUAGUCGAAAUUCAACUCGCAAGUCUCCUUCAGCAUAUGCUGGAAGUGAUAUCGUAGAGGAUGACAUUGAGAAUAUGCAAAUGCAACUGCAGAAAGUUUCGGCAGAAAAGGAGAAACAAAAGGAAGAUUUGGACCAAGCGAAAAAAGAAGUGUCUGAAAUCCAUAACAAGUUGCAGAUCGUAAUCCACGAGAAGGAGAAACAACAGAAAGCAUUAGACAAAUCUACAAAAGACCUGUCGGAACUACAAAAGAAGCUAAAUGCUGCUGAAACUAAGAUUGCGCAACGCGAGAAAGAGUUCUAUGAACUUCAGUCAAGGUCAAGACAAGCUGAAGCUGAGUGUAAUCUACAUGAAAGAAAGCUCAAUGAUCUUCAAACAAAACUUAAAACUGCUCUGGCUGAAUGUAACAGAGGCAAGCAAGAGUACAAGGAUCUCAAGGCACAGCUAAAUGCUGCUGAAACUAAGAUUGCGCAACGCGAGAAAGAGUUCUAUGAACUUCAGUCAAGGUCAAGACAAGCUGAAGCUGAGUGUAAUCUACAUGAAAGAAAGCUCAAUGAUCUUCAAACAAAACUUAAAACUGCUCUGGCUGAAUGUAACAGAGGCAAGCAAGUGUACAAGGAUCUCAAGGAACAACUUCAAUCUGCUCUGACUGAGUGUAGCAGAGGAGAAAAAGAGUUCAGAGAUUUCAAGGAACAAACCAUGGGUUGCUUUCCAAGUAAGCGUUGCGCAGAGUUGGAGAGAGACGUAGACGAGGAGAAAGAACGUUUUAUAAAGGAUAAAGAAAGUUUUAUAGGGCAAGUGUUGCAAGCAAUGGAUAGCAAAGAUGAGGAAUUGGCGCAAAUGAAGAAAAAACUAGAAGAACAGGAGCGAAAGCUAGAUGCCUUCUACAAGGGCAGUGCACAGAUUAUGAGAGAGAGUGGAUCCCAGGAAAAUACGAACGACGAGUUCUCAAAUACCCGUCUUGCAGAACGCUUUGAUGUAUCACUGAAGAGGAAAUGGCUAGACAUAUGUGAUGCACUUCAAUUAAUAAUCAACGAAAUUCAGAAACUGACAACACUUUCUGUAAUAAUGGAGAGAGUCUCCAAGCACACCGCCCACACGGUUAAUGAUACGGAAAAAAAUCUCGUACUAUUAGCCCAUUAUGCCAAUGAAGACCAGAAUGAGGUUCGGCACGCCAUUCAAAUUUUAAGACAGAGACUUGGUCAGAAAAAGAGCACACGGGAAUAUGUUGUUAAGGAUAUAGUCGCUAAAGUGAAAGAAGAUGAAACUGUUACGAGUAUUUUAACCCGCAACAAUGUGCCUGAUGCAACGGUCGCCACUAUAGAAAGAUUUAUGUAUGAUCUUGCGGACAUAUGCUGGUUGAUGUGUAUUGGUAAUCCGCCUUUAAAACUGAACUUUGACGUUAAAGGAGUGGAUUUCAGUAAGAUCGACAAUCGAUUUGUUGAAUACGCGAUUAUUGAGAACGAGUUUUCUGACGGAAAACCCGGAGCAGUGUAUCUGGUAGCUUGGCCCUCAUUGGAACUUGAGGACAACACAGGAUUUUUGAAAAAAGGCGAAGCUAUAGUGUGCAGAUAGAAAUUAACUGUGUAACAGAAACGCACAUUAUGGUAAUAUUACCGUAUGUCUUAUUUAAAGGGACGUUUUAUGGGUGAAAAGUUUAUUAUAAAAGCCCAAUAUUAUCAUAAUUAAAUAAAAGAUAGCAUUAAGACAUUUAAACAUGUUUAUUUCCUAUGUUAGUUGUAAAAUUCAUGUAUUAUUUAUAUUCUAACUGAUGUUAUUACAAUUGUGUAUAUUCAAAAAUGUCAAAUGAGAUUUUUUUGUCAACUGUUUUGACAAAUAUACGUAAUUUAUUGUUACAAAAACACUCAAACGCACGCACGCACGCACGCACGCACGCACGCACGCACGCACGCACGCACGCACGCACGCACGCACGCACGCACGCACGCACGCACGCACGCACGCACGCACGCACGCACGCACGCACGCACGCACGCACGCACGCACGCACGCACGCACGCACGCACGCACGCACGCACGCACGCACGCACACACACACACACACACACACACACACACACACACACACACACACACACACACACACACACACACACACACACACACGCACACACACACACGCACUGUGUGUGUGACAAAAAAGUAAUGUUGAGGGACACAUAACGGCUGAAUUUGAUCUGUACUAUCAAAAAUUCACAAAUAUUUGAAAUACAAAAUUCAAGAAUCAUUAUCAGGAGUAAUACGCUUUUUAAAAUCUGCUACUCGCUUAUUAAAGGGUAGCGACCAUUGCCUUUGACAUGCAUGGCAAUACGUGUUUUUGUGUUAUGUUGUGUUUAUGUUGUCGCCUACAAUGUAUAGGAAAUAGGUUAGUUUCCUGAAAUAAAGACCAGCGGGACUUAACACCAAAUUCACUUCUGGUAAUAUUUCUAUAGUUGGAUAAUACAUAUUUUGUUUUCUAUAGACAAUCAAGGAUAUGAAGUUAUGGCUAUUAUGUAAUAAUAAUUGUAAUAGCCUAAUUCAAUGAAAACAAAUCUGCAUAACUCUUGGAUAUCGUCGAAUACAAUGUAGUCGACUAAACGCGCUCUACUUAAAUCCGUUUAAACUUACAUAUUUAGUAAUAUAUUGGCUUUUUUCAUAUAACAUGCACGUUAAUUUUUGAAAAAUAAAAUGGUUAUUUUAUAU